CGACAAGAUCUGCUUCCCUUUCGGUGGACUCCCCUUUGCUCGACUCGAAUCGAACGCCUCCAAUCCCAAAGAACAGCUGAAUCGUCCCACGCGAACUGAUGCGAUGGAAGACGGGAGGUAGGAAGCAUGGAGACGGAAGCUCAGCGCUCGCUCUCCUUGCGGGCUUCCCGUCGAACGGAGAGGAGCGGUUGGGGUACUCGCCGCAAAGGCGAUGAAACCGAUGUCUCUGCCAAUGGGAGUGGUCUUCACGAUCCGCUGAGGAUGGUAUGGCGGAAGGGUUUCAUACGGUUGGUCUUGGUGUCGGCCAUUUUGUGGAUGCUGCUCAUUCUUUUUGCAUUGCUAUUUCAUUUGUGGUCCUGCCAUUCUUCCAUUAGCUUCUUCUCAGCUCUUUGUAAUCAAGAUAGCAAAGUAUUUAUCAUCUUAGACACGAUGGGUCUCACAUCAAAGCCACAGCAUCGUUGCGGAAUUCCUGUUGUUGAUGAUCCAGAGACCAUAGUCAUUCCUAAGAGAACUCCUGAUACUAUUCCAAAAAGUCUAACAUAUGUAUUGGAAGAUGAGCAAGUGACUGCAGAUGAAAAAUCUCAGCCGCUUUUUGGGGGUCAUCAGAACUGGACACAAAGAGAGAAUAGUUUCAAAUUGAAUACAACAAUGAAGGUCCACUGUGGAUUUAUAAAAAAUGGUGGUGGAGAAAUGGAUGCUGUAGAUGUUAAAUAUGCAAAGAAGUGUAGGUUCGUGGUUGCCUCAGGCAUUUUUGAUGGGUAUGAUACUCCCCAUCAACCAUCAAACAUAAGUCAACGUUCUCGAGAACUCUUUUGCUUUCUGAUGGUAGUUGAUGAAGUGUCUUUUCAUUUCAUCAAGCAAAAUGUUACUGUUAGAGAGGACAGUGAUGGAGGAAAAUGGGUUGGUAUUUGGCGCCUUGUGAUGCUACACCAUCCACCAUAUGAUGAACCUAGAAGAAACGGAAAGGUUCCUAAGAUACUAACUCAUAGGUUAUUUCCUCAAGCUCAGUAUAGCAUUUGGGUUGAUGGGAAAAUGGAGCUUAUUGUUGACCCGUUGCUAAUUCUUGAAAGAUACCUCUGGCGGGGAAAGCACAUAUUUGCAAUUGCUUGUCAUAAACAUCACAGGAGUAUAUAUGAGGAGGCAGAUGCAAUCAAACGAAGAAAGAGGUAUGCUCGGCCACUGAUUGAUCUGCAUAUGAAAAUUUACCGCUAUGAGGGAAUGGAGCUCUGGAGUCCCAAAAAAAGGACAAUCAGCGAUGUACCAGAGGGCGCAGUCAUUAUACGUGAGCACACGGCGAUGACCAACUUAUUCAGCUGCCUUUGGUUCAACGAGGUCAAUCUUUUCACGCCGAGGGAUCAGCUUAGUUUUGGCUAUGUGGUGCACAGACUAGGAGAGGAGUUCAAGUUUCUCAUGUUCCCCAACUGUGAAUACAAUUCCUUGUUCAUAUUGCAUAGCCACACCAGGGAACAUUCUUCUGUUGUUGAGUGGGUUAAAUCCCUAGAUGAGUUCAAGGGGAACAAGACUGGACUCAGAGAGACCAGGGGAGGUCUAGGGCUAUGGAAACCCUACCCAGGGGACCUCAGCUCUGUCCAACUCCCUUCUGUUAAAAGAACAUCACCUGCAGGGUGAUAUUGUAUCAUGAUCCUGAUGAAUAAAAUGUAAGGAGGUUCUGAUCUUUCAUGUUUUAA